AUGAAUUCAAUAGAAGGGUCAUCUAACGCAUCGACUCACGAUGUUCAUACUCAAUGUACAAAUACUAGUGGUGUACAGGUUACUGAUUCAUCUGCUGGUCAAGAACCAGACAAAAUAAGCCAAAUCAGUGUAAAGAUCGAUCAAAGUGUCAUUCGAUCCGAAGCCAAAGCCCUCAAUGAAGUAUCUGAUGCAGCCAGUGGACUUACUGCUACGACUGACCGUAUACCAGACCCUUACAUCCUGUCUCAAGUCUUCUUCCAACGCCUUGGAAAGUCUUCUCCAACCCUGAGAUCCUCUAAUAGCACACCUCAACGUCGUUUGCUAGCAUCUGGUACAAAAUCCAAGGGAGAAUUCAACAUCUUCAAGAUGUUUCCGCAUUUGCCCUUGGAGAUUCAGCGAAUUAUAUGGAAAAAGACCUUGCCAGGCCCGAAAAUUCUCCUUGUACAACCUCUCAUACCCGAACAACUGGUACACAAUAGUUACCUCACAAAUUAUCGUAUGCCGAAUUCGAUUGUGGUGAACAAGGAAGCUUUCGAAGAAAAUUCUGCCCUCGAAGACUCCAGUGUGAUUGUUUUCGAAGGAAUCUGUUUUGCUGAGAAGUAG